AGCCGAAUACAAGUGUUAGAACGAUUGCAGAAACAGCAUAGGCUUCCAUACAACUAGAUGCCAGCAGCUUAAUAUAAUAACUCAUCGAGCGAAACAUCAUGACAGCAUCACUUGUCGUUUUACCAUCGCUUUGCUUGAUAUUAAUUAUUUUUACUGCACCCUAUACUCACUCAACACAGUCUGGCAUAUACAUCGAUAAUGGUAAAGAUCAGACAGUCAUGGAACGUGUGCUGACCGACGAUGAUAAGUUGGACGUCUCACAUGAAAUAUUGGAAUUCCUGGGCAUUGCCGCUCGUCCUUCACACCACCGAAGCCACGGCUUGUCCCUUAGAAAAUCGGCGCCCAAGUUUUUGCUUGACGUUUAUUACCGCAUUACCGCCGAAGAGGGUCUGGCUAUUAAAAACAAAAGUGAUCAUAGCCGCUCGAAGCGUGAUACAAAUGAAAGCGAGCAGAAUUUCAUCACAGAUCUGGAUAAGCGUGCCAUCGAUGAGAGCGACAUUAUAAUGACUUUCCUGAACAAACGCAAUCACAACGUAGAAGAAAUGCGCCACGAGCACGGACGCCGACUAUGGUUCGAUGUCAAUAAUAUUCCCGCUGACAAUUAUCUAAUGAUGGCCGAACUACGCAUCUACCAAAACUCUAACGAAGGCAAAUGGACCACAACCAACAAACAGUUUACUGUCACAGUCUACAUGUUACGCUCGGGAGGAUCGGCCCCGAACAUGCUCGAGCCGCUGUCCUCGGUCAACACAACAGGUGACUAUGUGGGCUGGCUGGAGCUCAAUGUUACGGAGGCGUUGCAUGAUUGGCGAGUAAAUUCAAACGAAAAUCACGGUAUUUAUAUCGGUGCACAUGCACUGAACAAACCUGACCGAGAAAUUAAACUCGAUGAUAUCGGAUUAAUACAUCGCAGAACAAAGGUGGAUGAUGAAAAUCAGCCCUUUAUGAUUGGAUUUUUCAGAGGUCCUGAACUCAUUAAAUCCACAUCUGGCCACAGUACUCCGAAGCGAACUAAACGCAGCACUCUACAUCAGCGCAAAAAAAGUAAAUCUGAGCCAGUAAAUCCAUUUAUAGAUAACUCAAUUGAAAACACGCGAAGCUGUCAGAUGCAAACACUGUACAUUGACUUUAAGGAUUUGGGCUGGCAUGACUGGAUAAUCGCGCCGGAGGGCUACGGCGCUUUCUAUUGCAGUGGAGAAUGCAAUUUUCCACUAAAUGCACACAUGAAUGCCACAAAUCAUGCAAUUGUUCAAACUCUGGUGCACUUGCUCGAGCCGAAAAGGGUGCCAAAACCAUGCUGUGCACCAACACGACUGGGAGCAUUACCUGUUUUAUAUCAUCUCAACGAUGAGAAUGUCAACUUGAAAAAGUAUAGAAAUAUGAUUGUGAAGUCGUGUGGCUGCCAUUGAUAAAAUUCAAACAGUUGUAAAUCUGCUUUACCAUUUCCGUGUAUUCGAAUAUAGUACAUGUACUUUCCGUAAUAAUCUCGAAUAUUUUUUUUAGAAAUAAACCAAAUGUAUUAUAGAAAAGAAAUAUUUGUUAUCACCUGUUAACUUUCCGUAGUCACCGCAUAAAACAUUUUAUAUUUGUGUAAGAUUAUGAAAAUGCAUUUUCAAGUACACAUUUUUUACUCAAUUUAAACCGAAAAACUAUAAUAACACAUAAUUAAGUAUUCUCGAGAUUACAUAUGUGUAAAAUCACUUCAAUUGAUGUAUUUAUGUAAAGGCAAUGUAUUCCAAGUGUAUGCUUAAGUUAUUUGGUGACUGAGUCUCGUAGAUUGUCUUAAUCAUAUUUAUGCUAUGGCUAACACAGAACGCCAUUAAUACUAACACAUUGUAAACUUAACUCUAAAUGUUAUUUGUGUAUCCAAUGGUGUCGAAAAGCAAAUAAAUCCAUAAUUAAAUUUCCAACCUUUUUGUCGAUAAGAAUUGACACAAGCCGACCAUCAAAGCUGGGAGCUUUCACAUUUAAAGAUGCACAGGCCUGCCUUUAAAGCAAUAGUAUUGUAUUGUAAUUAAAAUUUGUAUGUAUAUAUAUUAUCAAUAAAAUUUCUGAUUGUAAACAACAGGAAAUCAAA